AUGGAAAAGGAUGGUGGUUCCAAAAAAUUCAAAGGCAAGUUCGACAAUAAUCAGGGCAAGAAGCCUUGGUUGAACCCCCAUAAGCAGCAGGUCGAAGAUAGGACUUUUGAAUCCUCAAAAGGGGGAGGAGGAAACUAUCGAAAGGACAAAGAAGAUAAAAAGUUAAAAGUGUGCAAUGCUAUAACUAUGAAAAUUGGGGUCACAUGUCCAAAAAUUAUUGGUAUAAGAAAGAUAAUGGAUCGACAAGAAGCAAAGACGAAGGAGCGAACCUUGCACGCCAAGAUUCAGAUGAUUCUGAAGGUAGUUUGGUGGUCAUGGCUACAAUUGCAGAUAACCAUGUCGAAUCUAAAAUGUGGUUUCUUGACUCAGGCGUGGUUGGCAGAUUUUGACAAGUCAAAGAAUAGCAACGUAAAACUUGAUGAUAAUAGAUCAUUGCAAGCAGAAGGUAUGGGCAACAUAGCUUUUCAGCUAAGCAAUGGAGCAAAAGCCAUGAUCAAAGAUGUGCUUUAUGUACCUGGAAUGAAGUUCAAAUUACUAAGUGUUGGACAACUGGUCGAAAGAGGUUUCUUAGUUGUCAUGAAAGAUGGAGUUUGUAAAUUGUUUGACACCAGAACAAUUUGGUCUUAA